AUGCCAGCACCACACCUAGUACACGAGGGCUGCUUUUCCGGUCCGUACGCCCUAGACGCCAUCACCAUCGACGCAGGUGAAGCCGAUUUCUCAAGCGCUCUUGGGACCUCUAGGGGGACUUCGUGGGCCUCAGCCACCGGCUCAAUGCAUCUUGUUCAGGGGCUGCUUCCGCCAUCGACACCAUUGGCCAUUUUCGUGCAAAUCACAGCGAAUCCUGAUGGUCAGACGUCAGUCAACCCGAUUAAACAUGUGAUUUCACCUCACUGCGACUCCUCCGGAACACCCAGCACUCCCGUCCCUCAUUUUCUGUUCUUUUCUAUGACAUCACGGCUAGUCGUAGUUGACGAUGCCGACCCAAGGAUCCAGUACGAUCCAGGAUGGACCGCCCACUCAAAUGUUCAGGACAACCCGGGAAACGGGGGUCCACCCUUCCAAGGGACAGAGCACACGGCAGACAGAAAUGCGACUGCAUCGUUCACAUUUACAGGAACAAUGGUCCGGGUCGAAGGCAAGUUGGACGCAGGUGAAGUCAAUGGCCGGCGGGAUCCCGAUAUCGAGUGUUCCAUCGACGGAAAAUCCAUCGUAGGAAUUGGCUUUUAUACCACCUCCGACAAUUACACGAGCCACCUCCCCUUCUGCACCGUGCCAGACCUCCCUGAUGGCGAGCACACGUUGACUGUUAGUGCCAUCACCACCGGCGCACGGACGAUUUCAGUGGACCAGUUCCAGUACAUGUCCUCUCCGACUAUUAAUAUCGACAACGAAAAAGUUCUAGUCGAUGCAACUUCCGACAAUGUGAGAUAUAGCUCUGGAUGGCAGAGCAAGGUGUGGUACAGCUAUACCUAUGAUCGCGGUGAGAGCGUUAUCCUGGAUUUCGUUGGUGUGUCUGUGCAAUGGUACGGCGUAGCACCGAAUCUCUCCCAAGCCAAUGGACCGUCAACGGCAGGCUACAUGGUCGACAGCGGAGAGGAAGUCAAUUUCACCCUACCCGGCAUUCCUGAAGGCAGCCCCACGGGUGACCUCCGAAAUGUUUUGAUGUUCGAAACACCCACACUGUCGCCUGGGCGGCAUCAGCUGAAAGUUACCCACUAUGGAGACUAUUUGUCGACGCCGCUCUCCCUCGACUACGUGGUGGUCCAGAAUUCUACGGUUCCCGCGGGCUCAUCAUCAGGCCUUCCAAUAAGCGACGCAUCAUCGAGGUCCACCCCCAUCGGUGCGAUCGUCGGAGGAGUCAUCGGAGGAAUUGCCAUUUUACUGCUUACUGCUCUUUUCCUCCUGAUCCUACGGCGUCGCCGAUGGCGAGGACUAUCCACCGACGGGUACAUCCACCGAGAAAUGAGCGACAUUACUCGCGCAACGCCUUACCCUCAGGACAGUAGCAACCCUUCGACGAUCUACAGCUCAUACUCGCAGAGUGGGCUGAUGGGCCUGUUCCGUUCGAAGGGCUCACAGCAAACGGUAGGCCCAAGUCAAGGAAGCUCGCGGUCGAAGACGAGCCAGCUCCCACCACCAUCAAGUUCGUACCCCGAGCUAGAGUCGAGGGAGGCACCUCCGCCUCAGUAUUCUGAAGUUGUCUCUCCCCAUGGCCCUCCUCCCGCUGUCCCGCCGGCGAAGGGGAGGGCUCACAUUCCUUGA